AUGGGGUUUGGGCGAAUCGAAAAGCUGACGGAAAUCGUACUGGGACUUGAGAAAUUGUUGAAGAAAGUGUCGAAUGAAAUGCGUUCUUUCGCCAUCGCCAUUCGCAAAUGA